UUUUGGCCGAGAGCAGGUUCUUGGAUGCUGAAAGCUGGGCUCCUCCAGCGUGGGUGUCUAAGUGGCGAUGGGUGUCUUCAAAGUGUGGCUCGGAGUGGCCCUAGCACUGGCGGAAUUUGCAGUAUUGCCUCAUCAUUCUGAAGGUGCUUGUGUCUAUCAGGGUUCCUUGUUGGAGGACGCCACAAUUUGGAAGCCUGAUUCAUGCCAGAACUGCCGUUGCCAUGGUGAUAUUGUUAUCUGCAAACCUGCUGUUUGCAAAAACCCUCAGUGUGCCUUUGAGAAGGGAGAAGUGCUUCAAAUAGCUGCCAACCAGUGCUGCCCUGAGUGUGUGUCGACAACUCAAGGAUCUUGCCAUCAUGAAGAGAAAAUCCGUGCGCAUGGGACCGAGUGGGCGUCUUCCCAGUGUAGCGUGUGCUCCUGCGCUCAGGGGGAAGUCCGAUGUGCCCCCCAACCAUGCCCACCCCUGUUGUGUGGACACCAGGAGCUGGAAUUCAUCCCCGAAGGAAGCUGCUGCCCCAUCUGCGUGGGCACUGGGAAACCCUGUUCCUACGAAGGCCGCGUGUUUCAGGACGGGGAGGACUGGCCCUUGAGUCGGUGCGCCAAAUGCGUGUGUAGAAAUGGGGUCGCCCAGUGCUUCACAGCUCAGUGUCAGCCUCUGUUUUGUAAGCAGGAUGAAACUGUAGUUCGAGUUCCAGGAAAAUGCUGCCCACAGUGCUCUUCCCACUCCUGCUCUGCUGCUGGCCAAGUACACAAGCAUGGUGAUCAGUGGAAAGAAAACGCCUGUACCAUGUGUAUAUGUGACCAGGGUGAGGUCCGGUGCCACCGGCAAGCCUGCCCUCCACUAAGAUGUGAAAAGGGUCAGAGAAGGGCUCAGCGUCAUGGGGAAUGCUGUGAGGAAUGUGUAUCUCCUGCUGGAAGCUGCUCACACAAUGGGAUUGUUCGGUACCAGGAUGAAAUGUGGAAGGGCUUGGCCUGUGAGUUCUGCAUAUGUGACCGUGGCCGAGUGACCUGCCACACUGGAGAGUGUGCCAAAGUGGAGUGUGCUCAGGGUGAAGAAUUAAUUCACUUAGAUGGAAAAUGCUGUCCUGAAUGCAUUUCAAGGAAUGGCUAUUGUGUUUAUGAAAAAAAUGCAGAAUUUAUGUCCUCAAAUGCAAGUAUGGUUAAACUUAUUCCAGCGGGGGAGAAGUGGGAGGACGGCCCCUGUAAGGUGUGUGAGUGCCGGGGGGCGCAGGUAACUUGCUACGAGCCCUCUUGCCCACCGUGUCCAGAGGCCACACUAGCCCGGGCGGUGCAGGGACGUUGCUGCCCAGAAUGCACAUCAGUUUAUUGCCACCCAGACUGCUUGACCUGCUCACAGUCUCCCGACCACUGUGACCUCUGCCAGGACCCCACCAAGCUGCUGCGCAAUGGACGGUGUGUGCACAGCUGUGGCCCAGGCUUUUACCAGGCUGGCGCUCUCUGCUUAGCCUGCCAGCCCCAGUGCUCCACGUGUGCCCACGGGCUCGAGUGCUCCUCCUGCCGGCCUCCUCUGCUGAUGCGGCACGGCCAGUGUGUAUCUGCCUGCGGGGAUGGCUUCUACCAGGACCACCACUCCUGUGCAGCCUGCCACGAGUCCUGUGCGGCCUGCUGGGGUCCCCUGGAGAAGCAGUGCCUGGCCUGCAGAGACCCCCUCCAAGUGCUGAGGGAGGGCGGCUGUGAGAGCAGCUGCGGCGACGGCUUUUACAACAAGCAGGGGACCUGCAAGGCAUGUGACCCAUCCUGUAAAAGCUGUGGCCCCAAUAGCCCCCGAUGUCUUUCCUGUGCUGAGAAGGCAGUGUUGCAUGAUGGCAAGUGCAUUCCUGAAUGCCCUGGUGGAUACUACGCUGAUGCCGCUGGCAGAUGUAAAGUUUGUCAUAACUCAUGUGCCAGCUGCUCUGGACCUACAGCUUCCCACUGCACAGCCUGCAUCCACUCCCAGGCUCUGCGCCAAGGCCAUUGUCUGCCCAGCUGUGGAGAAGGCUUCUUCCCUGACCACGGGGUCUGCAAAGCCUGUCAUUCCUCUUGCUUGGCAUGUGUGGGUCCAGAGCGCUCUCAGUGCACCCAGUGUAAGAAGCCAGAGGAAGGCCUGCAAGUUGAGCAGCUGUCUGGCGCAAACAUCACCUCUGGCGAGUGUCUGCCCCAGUGUAGAGCCCAGUUUUACUUGGAGAACACUGGGCUGUGUGAAGCUUGCCACCAAUCCUGUUUCGGGUGUGCAGGGAGAAGCCCGCAUAACUGCACAGCCUGCUGGCCUUCCCAUGUGCUGAUGGAUGGGCAGUGCCUCUCCCACUGCCCAGAUGGAUACUUUAACCAGGAAGGCAGUUGUAUAGAAUGCCACCCCACCUGCAGGCAGUGCCAUGGCCCGUCAGAAUCGGACUGCACUUCCUGUCACCCUCAUGUCACUGUUAAUGGUGGAAACUGCAGGACAAGCUGUAAAGAAGAGCAGUUCCUCAGUCCCGUGGGGUACUGUGCUGAUUGCCAUCCUCUGUGCCAGCAAUGUGCAGCUGAUCUCCACAACACCGGGAGCAUCUGCCUGAGGUGCCAGGAUACCCGGUACCUGCUGCUGGGGGACCACUGUGUCCCUGAGUGCCCUUCUGGAUAUUACACAGAGGAAGGAGCUUGUAAAAAAUGUCACCCCUCCUGCAGAACCUGUCAGGGCAGAGGACCCUUCUCCUGCUCCUCAUGUGAUACUGACCUUGUCCUAUCCCACCUUGGAACCUGCAGCACCACCUGCUUCCCAGGGCACUAUCGUGAUGACAACCAUGCUUGUCAGCCAUGCAACACACAUUGCAGAAGCUGUGAUUCACAGACCAGCUGUACCUCCUGCCGAGACCCGAACAAGGUCCUGUUCUUUGGGGAAUGUCAGUACGAGAGCUGUGCCCCACAGUACUACCUUGACUUCUCCACCAAGACAUGCAAAGAGUGUGACUGGAGUUGCAGUGCAUGCAGCGGGCCUCUGAGGACAGACUGCCUGCAGUGCAUGGGCGGCUACGUCCUCCAGGACGGGGUCUGCGUGGAGCAGUGCGCACCAACAUUUUACCGGGACUCGGGCCUCUGCAAAAGCUGUGACAGCCACUGUCUCCAGUGCCAAGGCCCCGGCGACUGCACCCGCUGUGAGGAGCCAUUUCUCCUCCUGGAAGCCCAGUGUGUCCAGGAAUGUGGGAAGGGAUACUUUGCAGACCAUGCAAAUCACAAAUGCACAGCCUGCCCUCAGGGGUGCUUGCAGUGCAGCCAUGGAAACCGAUGUCACCGCUGCAACCAUGGAUUCUUUCUGAAGAGUGGCCUUUGUGUUUCCAGCUGUGUUCCUGGCUUCUCUGCCCACUCUCCUAACGAAACAUGUGCGGGCAAAAUACACACUCCUGGUCUUCAUGUGAAUGGUUCUCUCACCCUUGCAAUUGGUUCAAUGAAGCCACUGGAUUUUUCGCUCCUGAAUGUCCAAGACCAGGGCGGCAGGGUCGAAGACCUCCUGUUUUAUGUUGUGAGCACUCCUACCAACGGUCAGCUAGUGCUCUCAAGGAAUGGAAAGGAGGUUCAGCUCGACAAGGCUGGCCAUUUUAGCUGGAAAGAUGUGAACGAGAAAAAAGUGCGUUUCGUGCACAGCAAAGAAAAACCCAGGAAAGGUUACUUUUCCCUGAAAAUUAGUGACCAGCAGUUCUUCUCUGAGCCACAGCUGAUCAACAUACAAGCAUUUUCUACACAGCCCCCCUAUGUGCUGAGAAAUGAGGUCCUCCGCAUUAGCAGGGGAGAGAGGGGAACCAUCACCACCCAGCUGCUUGACAUCCGAGAUGAUGACAAUCCACAGGAUGUGGCAGUCGAAGUGCUGGAUCCUCCACUUCAUGGCCAGUUGCUUCAAACGCUUCAGUCCCCAGCAGCCCCUGUCCAUCAAUUCCGGCUGGAUGCACUCUCCAGGGGCCUUCUCCACUAUGCUCACGAUGGCCUGGAGGGCACGUCCGAUGUUGCAGUCUUGCAGGCUAGUGAUGGACACUCCUUCCAAAAUAUACUAUUUCGCGUGAAGAUUGUGCCCAAGAACGACAGAGGCCUUCGGCUUACAGCUAAUUCAAUGGUGUGGGUUCCAGAAGGGGGGAUGCUGCAGUUUACCAACAGGAUCUUGCAGGCGGAAGCUCCAGGCGCCAGUGCCUCAGAAAUCAUCUACAAAAUUACACAGGACCACCCCCAAUUUGGGGAGGUGGUCCUUCUGGUUAACAUGCCUGCAGACAGCCCCACAGAAGGACAGCACCUGCCUGAUGGGAGGACAGCAACCCCCACCAGCACCUUCACCCAGCAAGACAUCAACGAAGGCAUCGUGUGGUACAGGCACUCAGGAGUCCCAGCCCAGAGUGACGCCUUCCGCUUUCAGGUUUCCAGUGCCUCAGACGCCCACACCCACCUGGAGAGCCGCAUGUUCAACAUCGCGAUUUUACCACAGACACCUGACGCACCUCAACUCUCUCUGGGGGCAUCUCUCCAUAUGACCGCUCAGGAAGAGGACCUGACUGUGAUUCAGCCUCAUUCCCUCUCCUUUGUAAAUUCUGAGAAACCAAGUGGAAAGAUUAUAUACAAUAUCACUAUACCCCUGCAUCCAAAUCAAGGUAUCAUCGAACACAAGGACCAGCCUCACUCUCCUAUCCGGUAUUUCACACAGGAAGAUAUUAACCAGGGCAAAAUCAUGUACCGUCCUCCCACGGCAGCGCCCCACCUCCAGGAGAUCAUGGCCUUUUCCUUCGCCGGUCUCCCAGAAACGGUGAAAUUUCAUUUCACGGUUUCAGAUGGAGAAUAUACGAGUCCAGAGAUGGCCCUCACCAUUCACUUAGUCCCCUCUGAUCGGCACCCGCCAGCGUUCCAGGUCACAGCCCCACUGCUUGAGGUCAGCCCAGGAGGCAGCACUUCCGUGGGACUUCAGUUGGUAAUAAGAGAUACCGAGACCGCGCCUGAAGAACUCCUCUUUGAGCUUCAGAAACCUCCAGAGCAUGGCGUGCUCCUCAAGGACACCGCUGAGUUCCGAGGGCCCAUGGCCACAGGCGACACUUUCACAUAUGAGGAUAUUCAGAAAAAUGUUCUGCGGUAUCUACAUGAUGGCUCCUCUGCCCGGGAGGAUGGCAUGGAGAUCUCUGUCACAGAUGGCAUCUCGGUGACAACUGUGGACGUGAGAGUGGAGGUGUCACUGUCAGGGGACCGAGGGCCUCAGCUGGCUGCUGGUGCCUCUCUGAGCAUCACCGUUGCUAGCAAAAGCACAGCUGUAAUCACUAGAUCACACCUCGCUUAUGUCGAUGAUUCUUCCCCCGACUCAGCGAUCUGGAUUCAGUUAAGAUCUCUGCCCAUGUAUGGUACUCUUUUAAGAACCUUAGGAACUGAAGUGGAAGAAAUCUCAGAGGUUGCCAAUUUCACAAUGGAAGACAUCAACAACAAGAAAAUUAGGUACUCAGCUGUGUUUGAGACCGAUGGUCAGCUGAUUACUGAUAGCUUCCAUUUCUCUGUGUCUGAUAUGGACCACAACCGUCUGGACCACCAGAUGUUUACCAUCAUGAUCACUCCUGUCAAGAAUCCACCUCCAAUCAUUGCUUUUGCUGACCUUAUCACGGUUGACGAGGGAGGGAGAACCCCACUCUCAUUUCACCAUUUCUUUGCUGCUGAUGAUCAUGACAACCUCCAGGGAGAUGCCAUCAUUAGACUAAGUGCUCUGCCCAAGUUCGGCUGCAUUGAGAACACAGGCACAGGUGAUCGUUUUGGCCCUGGAACUACCAGUGACCUAGAGGCAUCGUUCCCAAUUCAAGAUGUCCUGGAAAACUACAUUUACUACUUUCAGAAUGUUCAUGAGAGCAUUGAGCCAACCCAUGAUAUUUUUAGUUUUUAUGUAAGUGAUGGAAAUAGUCGUUCAGAAAUCCACAGCAUCAAUAUCACCAUUGAGAGCAAGAAUGACGAGUCUCCCAGGAUGACUUUGCGGCCCCUCCGCGUGCAGCUGAGCUCGGGAGUGGUGAUAAGCAAUUUUUCUUUGAGCCUGCAAGACCUGGACACGCCAGAUAAUGAGCUGGUUUUUGUAUUGACCAAAAAGCCUGACCACGGUCAUCUACUUCAGAGGCAAACUGCUUCUGAGCAUCUGAAGAAUGGGAGGAUUUUAGACGAGGGCUCUUCCUUCACUUACCAGGACAUCCUGGGCGGGCUCGUCGGGUACAUGCCUGGUGUUCCUGGUGUGGCAGUGGAUGAGUUCCAGUUCUCUCUCACUGAUGGUCUCCACCUGGACACAGGGAGGAUGGAGAUACACAUAGAGCUGCCUACGGGUGACGCUCCCCGGUUGGCGGUUAACCGAGGCCUGCAGCUCUCAGCAGGGUCUACAGCACGCAUCACAGAACAGCACUUGAAAGUGACAGACACUGACUCAGAUGAGAGCCAGGUGAUGUACAUCGUGAAGGAAGAUCCUGGAGCAGGGCGCCUGCAGAUGGUGACGCAUGGCAACCUGGAGCACAUCUCCGUCAGAGGCCCCAUCCGAAGCUUCACCCAGGCUGACAUCGGCCAAGGUCAAGUAGAAUACAGUCACAGAAAAGGAGAAUCGGGUGGGACCUUUGUUUUCAAAUUUGAUGUGGUUGAUGGGGAAGGCAACAAAUUGAUCAGCCAGUCAUUUUCCAUCAGUGUUGUAGAGGACAAAUCCCUACCAGUCAUCACCACCAAUAAAGGGCUGGUCUUGGAUGAGAACUCAGUGAAGAAAAUCACCACCCUGCAGCUCUCUGCCACUGACCAGGAGCGUGGGCCUGCAGAUUUAACCUACAGAAUCACCAGACAGCCCCAGCUGGGUCACCUGGAGCACGCAGCCUCACCGGGUGUCCAGAUUACUUCUUUUACUCAGGCUGACUUGACUUCACGAAACAUUCAGUAUAUCCAUUCCAGUGAGUCCGAGAAACACUCAGAUGCCUUCAGCUUUACACUGUCGGAUGGAGUCAAUGAGGUGACUCAGACUUUCCAUAUCACUAUUCGUCCUGUGGAUGAUUCACUGCCUGUUGUACAGAACUUAGGGAUGCGGGUACAGGAGGGAGUGAGGAAGACCAUCACAGAGUUUGAGCUCAAGGCCGUGGAUGCAGACACAGAGGCUGAGUCUGUCACCUUCACCAUUGUGCAGCCCCCACGUCAUGGCACCAUCGAGCGAACCAGCAAUGGGCAGCACCUCCAGCACACCUCCACCUUCACCAUGGAAGACAUCUACCAGAACAGGGUCAGCUACAGCCAUGAUGGCAGCAACUCCCUCAAAGACCGGUUCACCUUCACUGUUGCUGAUGGGACAAAUCCCUUCUUUAUUAUUGAAGAAGGCGGGAAAGAGAUUAUGACAGCAGCACCUCAGCAGUUCCAAGUAGACAUCCUCCCAGUAGAUGAUGGCACCCCUAGAAUUGUUACCAACCUGGGGCUCCAGUGGCUGGAGUAUAUGGAUGGCAAGGCAACCAACCUGAUCACUAAGAAGGAACUGCUGACCAUGGACCCGGACACAGAGGACCUGCAGCUUGUCUAUGAGAUCACGAGGGGCCCCCAGCAUGGCCGCGUGGAGAACAAGCUGCAGCCUGGCAGAGCGGCGGUGACUUUCACGCAGGAGGAUGUGAACUUGGGGCUGAUUCGCUACGUGUUGCGUGAAGAGAAGAUUCAUGAGAUGAUGGAUAGUUUUCAGUUUCUGGUGAAAGACAGUAAACCCAAUGUGGUCAGCGACAAUAUCUUCCACAUCCAGUGGUCCCUCAUCAGCUUUAAACAUACCAGCUACAAUGUCAGUGAGAAGGCGGGGUCUGUCAGCGUCACAGUGCAGAGGACUGGGAACCUGAACCAAUAUUCCAUCGUCCUGUGUCGCACCGAACAAGGCACCGCCAGCUCCAGCUCCAGGCCCAGCUCCCAGCCUGGGCAGCAGGACUACGUGGAGUAUGCUGGCCAGGUACAGUUUGAUGAGCGAGAGGACACCAAAUCCUGCACCAUUGUCAUCAAUGAUGAUGACGUGUUUGAGAAUGUUGAGAGUUUCACCGUGGAGCUCAGCAUGCCAGCAUAUGCCCUUCUAGGGGAGUUCACCCAGGCGAAGGUCAUUAUCAAUGACACUGAGGACGAACCCACAUUAGAGUUUGAUAAGAAGACCUACCGGGUCAACGAGAGUGCUGGUUUUCUAUUUGCACCUAUUGAAAGAAAAGGGGACACCAGCAGCAGUGUCUCUGUGAUUUGCUACACCAUCCCUAAGUCAGCUAUGGGAAGCAGCCUCUAUGCUCUAGAAUCGGGCUCUGACUUUAAAUCAAGAGGGAGAUCUGCUGACAGUCGUGUGAUAUUCGGGCCUGGUGUCACCAUGUCCACCUGCGACGUCAUGCUCAUUGAUGACAGCGAGUAUGAAGAGGAAGAAGAGUUUGAGAUUGCCCUGGCAGUUGCUUCUGACAAUGCCCGCAUUGGAAGGGUGUCAUCAGCCAAGGUGCUAAUCAGUGGUCCCAAUGACGCCUCCACUGUGUCCCUGGGCAACACGGCUUUCACCGUCAGUGAGGAUGCAGGCACAGUGAAGAUUCCAGUUAUCCGCCAUGGAACUGACCUUUCUACCUUCACGUCUGUCUGGUGUGCUACGCGCCCCUCAGACCCAGCUUCCGCCACUCCGGGAGUUGACUAUGUUCCCAGCUCUAGGAAGGUUGAAUUCAGGCCAGGUGUCACUGAGCAGGAUUGCACCUUAACGAUCUUGGAUGACACUCAGUAUCCAGUAAUUGAAGGACUGGAGACAUUUGUGGUUUUCCUUAGCUCAGCACAAGGGGCUGAACUGACCAAACCCUUCCAUGCUAUCAUUGCAAUUAAUGACACAUUUCAGGAUGUGCCCAACAUGCAGUUUGCUAAGGAUUUGCUCCUUGUGAAGGAAAAGGAGGGCGUCCUGCAUGUGCCUAUCAUUCGGAGUGGAGACCUGAGCUAUGAGUCAUCGGUGAGGUGCUAUACUCAGAGCCAUUCAGCUCAGGUCAUGGAGGACUUCGAGGAGAGAAGAAAUGCGGACUCUUCACGGAUUACGUUUCUGAAAGGGGAGAAAAUGAAGAACUGUAGUGUCUUUAUCCAUGAUGACUCCAUGUUUGAACCUGAGGAGCAGUUCAGGGUCUACCUUGGCCAUCCUCUUGGAAACCACUGGAGUGGAGCCAGAGUUGGAAAGAACAACAUGGCCACCAUCACCAUAUCCAAUGAUGAAGAUGCCCCGACCAUUGAGUUUGAAGAAACUGCAUAUCAAGUCCGGGAACCUUCGGGGCCAGAUGCCACAGCCGUUCUGAAUAUCAAGGUGAUCCGCAGAGGGGAUCAAAACAGGACAUCCAAGGUCCGCUGCAGCACGCGGGAUGGGUCUGCCCAGUCUGGUGUGGAUUAUUAUCCGAAGAGCCGUGUCCUGAAGUUCAGUCCCGGUGUGGAUCAUAUCUUUUUCAAAGUCGAGAUCCUGUCCAAUGAAGACCGGGAAUGGCAUGAAUCUUUCUCCGUAGUCCUUGGCCCAGAUGACCCAGUGGAAGCAGUUCUUGGUGAAGUGACCACGGCCACAGUGACGAUUCUAGACCAGGAGGCCGCGGGGAGUCUCAUCCUGCCAGCACCACCCAUCGUUGUCACACUUGCAGACUAUGACCAUGUGGAAGAGGUUGCCAAGGAAGGAGUCAAGAAAUCCCCCUCCCCAGGCUAUCCGCUGGCCUGUGUCACCCCCUGCGACCCUCAUUUCCCCAGGUAUGCCGUCAUGAGGGGGCGCUGCAGCGAGGCUGGCAUCAACCAGACGUCCGUGCAGUUCAGCUGGGAAGUGGCUGCCCCCACUGAUGGCAACGGGGCCCGGUCUCCCUUUGAGACCAUCACUGACAACACACCAUUCACCAGUGUCAACCACAUGGUCCUGGAUAGCAUUUACUUCAGCCGGAGGUUCCAUGUACGUUGUGUGGCAAAGGCUGUAGACAAAGUGGGUCAUGUGGGAACCCCCUUACGGAGCAACAUUGUGACCAUCGGAACAGACAGUGCUAUCUGCCACACACCAGUGGUGGCUGGGACAGCGAGAGGCUUCCAGGCUCAGUCCUUCAUCGCAACCUUGAAAUACCUGGAUGUCAAACACAAGGAGCAUCCGAACAGGAUCCACAUUUCAGUGCAGAUCCCACACCAGGACGGAAUGCUGCCCCUUAUCUCGACCAUGCCCUUACACAACUUGCAUUUCCUCUUGUCUGAGUCCAUCUACAGACACCAGCACGUCUGCUCCAACCUCGUCACCACCCGCGACCUGAGAGGCAUUGCAGAGGCAGGGUUCUUGGAUGACAAGGUCUACGACAGCGCGGCCAUGGGGCCAGGCUACGACCGCCCCUUCCAGUUUGACCCCAGUGUAAGGGAGCCCAAGACCAUCCAGCUCUACAAACACCUCAACCUGAAGAGCUGCGUCUGGACCUUUGAUGCCUAUUACGACAUGACCGAGCUAAUUGACGUCUGUGGGGGGUCUGUAACUGCCGACUUCCAGGUGAGAGACUCCGCCCAGUCAUUCCUGACCGUGCACGUGCCUCUCUAUGUGUCCUACAUCUACGUGACAGCCCCCAGGGGCUGGGCCUCCUUGGAGCACCACACUGAGAUGGAGUUUUCCUUCUUCUACGACACUGUUCUGUGGAGAACAGGAAUCCAGACAGACAGUGUGCUCUCCGCAAGGCUUCAGAUACUAAGAAUCUAUAUUCGAGAGGAUGGGCGUCUCGUCAUUGAAUUCAAGACCCAUGCCAAAUUCCGAGGACAGUUUGUGAUGGAGCACCACACCCUGCCUGAUGUGAAGUCUUUCAUACUGACUCCAGACCACCUGGGAGGAAUUGAAUUUGGCCUGCAGCUGCUGUGGAGCGCUCAGACCUUUGAUUCUCCGUAUCAGCUCUGGAGGGCCACAAGCUCCUAUAACAGGAAGGACUACUCUGGGGAGUACACCAUCUACCUGAUCCCUUGCACUGUGCAGCCCACACAGCCGUGGGUGGACCCAGGAGAGAAGCCUUUGGCCUGCACUGCACAUGCCCCAGAAAGAUUCCUGAUACCCAUUGCAUUCCAGCAGACCAACCGCCCUGUACCAGUUGUGUAUUCUCUCAAUACUGAAUUUCAGCUCUGCAAUAAUGAGAAAGUAUUUCUCAUGGAUCCCAACACAUCUGAUAUGUCACUGGCAGAAAUGGAUUACAAGGGAGCCUUCUCAAAGGGUCAAAUCCUUUACGGCCGAGUGCUUUGGAAUCCAGAACAAAACCUUAACUCUGCUUACAAACUCCAGCUGGAAAAAGUCUAUCUUUGUACUGGCAAGGAUGGCUAUGUGCCUUUCUUUGAUCCCACGGGGACAAUCUACAAUGAAGGCCCACAGUAUGGAUGCAUUCAGCCAAACAAACACCUAAAGCACAGAUUCUUGCUGCUGGACCGCAGUCAGCCAGAGGUGACUGAUAAGUACUUCCAUGACGUGCCCUUUGAGGCCCACUUUGCUUCCGAAUUGCCUGAUCUCCACGUGGUCAGUAGCAUGCCAGGUGUGGAUGGAUUUACUCUGAAAGUAGACGCACUCUACAAGGUGGAAGCAGGGCACCAGUGGUACCUCCAGGUCAUCUACAUCAUUGGCCCUGACACCAUUUCAGGACCCCGGGUCCAGCGCUCUCUCACAGCCCCUCUGCAGCGCAAUCGAAGGGACCUGGUGGACCCUCAUGGCCGGCUGACCCUUGAUGAUUCCCUCAUCUAUGACAAUGAAGGGGACCAAGUCAAAAAUGGCACCAAUAUGAAGUCCCUGAAUCUGGAGAUACAAGAGCCAGUUGUAGCUGCUUCUCUGUCCCAAACUGGGGCAUCUAUUGGCAGUGCACUUGCUGCUAUCAUGCUUCUACUUCUGGUGUUUUUGGUGGCUUGUUUCAUCACCAGAAAGUGCCAGAAACAGAGGAAGAAACCGCCCACAGAGGACACUUUGGAGGAAUACCCUCUGAAUACCAAGCUGGAUGUGCCCAAAAGGAGCCCAGACAGGGUGGAGAAGAACGUGAACAGACAGUACUGCACUGUGCGGAACAUCAACAUCCUGAGUGACGCCGAGGGCACUUACACAUUCAAAGGCGCUAAAGUCAAAAAAUUGAAUCUGGAAGUCAGAGUUCACAACAAUUUACAAGAUGGAACGGAAGUUUAAUGGAGAAGACCCAUCUGUAUUUUUUUCCUAAAAUCAUUUUUAUAACGGGGAAAAUACUGGUAUUUUUAUAAUCUUGCAGAUUAAAAAGGGAAAACUAUAGCUUUGAGCGGCAGAAGGCACACAUCACUUGCAUCAACUCAACUGAGCUACCUCAUUCAACAAAGAACCACCGAGAGCCCCAGAGGAUGGGAGUAGUUCUUUCUGUGGAUCCCUUUAAGAGCCUCAGGAGCUACAGUUGCUCCUUCUGGAAGACUGACCUUAGAAAGCAAGUGCUUUAGAACUGGGGCAGAAGUUAAGACAAUUAAGUUAGCUGAUGCAGUUCAGAGGACUGGGGAAUGAACAGGGCAGAUCUUAGAGAGACGGUGGGAUUCCGGGCCUUUGUUUCCCCACCCCCCUCCAGCUUUCUUCUGCUUGGGCUAUUCCUGGGCCUCUGGACAGCACAGUUCAAACUGCUGACAUCCAGAGUCCAUUCAAAAUUCUGGUAAUCAGCACAGUGGAUGUAUUUGCUCACUGUAUCCACUUGACAGCCUGUACUCUGUGGCCUCUAAUUGUACUUAGCAUUUCCCGAGCCCUUUUCACCUGGGAGUUCAAAGUGCUCUAGACUAGGACACCUCUCUGUAAUUCGUAGGGGAAAUCUUGGGCCUCUCCUGUCAGUCCUCAGACCUCAGGCAUGGCAGAACUCCCCCUUACGGAAGUGGGUGACUGAAACCUGGGGAAAGGAGGGACCUGGCAAGCGCCUCAGAGCACGUUAGUGAUGCAUCACACCCUAGGCUCAGAGAGGUGUCCCUGUGCCCACUAGUUUAUGCUGCAAGGAUGUGUCAGGACAUCCUCCCUGUCAAAGGAUGCUGCAAAACAAGAUCAAUGCAGCAUGGCCCUUUUCUAUAUUGCCAUGGAUGCUUAAAAAACCUACCAAACUUCUGCUAUCGCAGGCUUUGCCCAGUCCAAUAAUAGACAAGCACAUGUGCUUUGCUAGCUGUUGGGUUUUUAUUGUGCUAGGGUUUCAGGAAAAUAAGCGAUUCAUUUGAAUAAAGCAAAUUAGAACACCCAGGCCAGAGUGAAAUCAGUUAACAGAUGCCUACCAAUACUCACAGCAGAUGAAGGCACCAUUCCUGGUACCGUAUUUCAGGGAUUUCUCUUUUGGGGGGUUCUUUUCUGGUAGCUCAGGCACUUACUUUACCAUAUCAGCACAUGACAAGGCCAUAAACACAUGGCUUU